AUGGCAUUUAUAAAAGAGAUCAGGAAUGGUACAAGUAAUGGCACUAGUAAUGGCACUAGUAAUGGCACUAGCAAUGGCACUAGUAAUGGCACUAGUAAUGGUACCACUAGCAAUGGUACAAGUAAGAAGCACAAGAACAACGUUCAUCUUGGAACAAAAUUGACAGUGGAGCAAGUUGCGUUACACAAUCGAGCGGAGGAUGCUUGGGUUAUAGUUCAAAAUCGGGUUUACGACAUAACCAAAUUUCUUGAUGUACAUCCAGGUGGAGCUGAAAUUAUAUUAGAUUAUUUGGGUGAAGAUAUCACAGAGGUAUUAGCUUCUACCGAUUUUCAUCAUCAUAGUCGCGCUGCCUACGAAUUACUAAGCGAUUAUUACCUUGGCACAGUCGAAGGAGCCAAUAUCAACGAAAAUGUAAGUGCCAUUCUAGUAAAUCGCUACUGCCAUUGUAGUUUGCUCUUAAGAAAGAAUUUUUUACAAUCAGUACAGUAUAACAGUGGUUUGGGAAGGACAGAUUUGGUUGAUUGGAGCAAACCCAUAUUCCCUCAAGUUGGGAAGUUAGGAAAGCAAUAUCAAGACUGGGUGCAUAGUCCUGUUGACAAGAAGUUGCGACUAUUUCCAUACGACCUUUUUGAAAUCUGUUCCUAUUGCCCUUGGUAUACGGUGCCCAUGGUCUGGCUACCGAUUGCGUCUUAUAUUGCUCAUACCUCACUUACCGGCAUCUACAGCAUGGACUACUUUCAUACGUUAACAAAUGAUCAGUGGGGUUUUGUAGGAGCCCUUUUGAUCUUGGGCAUAUUUGCAUGGACACUCAUGGAAUAUCUUUUGCAUAGAUUCUUAUUUCAUGCUAUUCCGCCGGCGGAUUCACCAGUACUCAUCAGUUUGCAUUUUCUCAUGCAUGGGCAGCAUCAUAAGGUUCCUUUUGAUCCAGGACGUUUGGUAUUUCCGCCUGUUCCGGCUGCAAUCUUAGUAUCGCCAGUGUAUCUAACAGUUUCGUUGACUGGAAAUAUUGGUCGGCUAAUAUUUGCCGGUGGAUUGUUAGGAUACGUUGCAUAUGAUUGCAUUCACUACUAUUUGCAUCAUGGAUCACCAGGUCAAGGUACAUAUUUGAAAGGUCUCAAGACUUAUCAUGUGGUGCACCAUUUUGUACAACAGGAUAAAGGUUUUGGGAUUUCUUCUAAAUUUUGGGAUAUUCCUUUUAAUACCUUACCACCAAGAGCAUGAGAGACAUAGCUAUAUUCAGCUGUACGUACUGCUGAUUUUUACAUAAACUUCGUUUACAGUAGAUAUAAAAUAACAUGGCAACUUUAAUGUGCUAUUAUUGU